AUGUCAAUCGACCUCAACUGGGAAACCGUCACCGGCGGCCCCGACGGCCAAGAGCUCGCCCACAAAAUCCGCGAUUUUAUCCACAACAAGUUCCAGGACGUCCCUCUGCCGCGCUUCAUCAAGUCCGUCACCGUCCACGACUUUGAGUUUGGCUCCAUCCCACCCGAGAUCGAGCUCAAGGACAUCACCGACCCCCUUCCAGACUUUUACGAAGAGCAACCCGGCGUGGACUCAUCAGAGGAAUCAGACCCAGAAGACGACAUCGCCUACGAGAAUGAAGGCGACUACCUCGAUGACCCAGUCGAGCAGCAGCAGCAGUACGGCAGGCUAAGAGGCGCCUCAGCAUCCGAAUCCCGACGAAGACUCACAGUCAACAGCAGCACCGGAAGCAACAGAAAUGGAAGUGGUCCGAAUUCAGGCAGAGUAGCUUACCUCCCACCGCACCUGAACCCACAUGGUGGCUACCCCGGCAGCGGCAACAACAGCAGUUCCCAAAGCCUGGACCGAGACAAUAUCAGAGAUGGUAGAGAUGGCAGAUAUUACCGGGAGGCCAACACAACAGGUGGUUUCGGUGGAGGACAGGUCGGUCCCGCCCACGGCACCAACCACCACCACGCCGACCUAGGCUCUCCCUUCCUCGGCGUUUCCACUCCAGGAAUCCCCGGCGGCACCUCUAACCUCAACCUACACUACUUCACCUCGCAAUUCACCGCCGGUCUUUCGGGCACUCAGACGCCUUUAGCUGCCGUAGCAGGCGCCGCUCACCAACGUGGUCCUUCGUGGAUAACCGACCAGCAACAACAGCAACAGCAACAAAUAGCAUUUUCCCUGGUGGAGGGCCAGGGGGAUUCGCAGGAGGAUCCCCUCACCGGCGGCACCAGCACACCGCUAGGCACCUUGGGAACGGCCGGCGGCGUGGGCGGCAUCGGGCGCGGAAUUCCGGGAAUGGUGGCAGGCAUGGGCAUGGGCAUGAACAUGGGAUAUCCGCCGACGAUGCCUGGUGCUCCCGUGCUAGCCAUUCCUGCAGGGCCAAGACAUAAAAGGAAUCCUUCCAGUCAGAGCUCGAACUCGGUGGGGGAUUAUAGCCCUGUUGCGCCGGCGGAAAGAGGAGGAGGAGAGCAAAGAGGGUUCUUUUCGCCACCGUAUACUGCUGCUGCUUCGCCGUCACCUUCGGGAGUGGGACUAGGCAUUGGAAGGGGACCAGGACUACAGAUCCCCAAACAAGGAUUGCGAGAAAAGCAUAGUGUUUCCACUCUGGCGCCUAACUCUGCCGGACCUACGACGAAUAACCGUGCAAACUCGGCGAUUCUAGAUGACGACGAUGGGUUUUUGGACGGUAGCUUGCACCAACACGAUAGAGAUCCUGUCCAACAACAACUCGAACUAGACGAAAACCAGCAAGACGAAGACGACCAAGAAGAAGAAGAAGACGAAGAAGACCAAGGUCAACGCUUCCGCGAACCGCGCGUCGAAGACAUCCAAGCCGUCUUCCGCAUCAAAUACGCCGGCGACGUCAAGCUCUUGCUCACAGCCGACAUAUUGCUCGAUUACCCCAUGCCCAGCUUCGUGGGGAUCCCCGUGCGGUUGAGCAUCACGGGCUUGACGUUUGAUGGCGUGGGCGUGGUGGCUAAUAUUAGGAAGAGAGUGCAUUUUUGCUUUUUGAGCCCGGAGGAUGCGGUGGCUGCUGUGGGGGGGGAGGAGAAUAAAGCUGCUGGAAAUAGUAGUUCUGGGAUAGGAGCAGGAGGCAGCGAUGGGGCCAAGACGAAGAUGGGCGGACUGUUGCAGGAGAUUCGCGUGGAGAGCGAGAUUGGUCAGAGGGAAAGUGGCAAGCAGAGCUUGAAGAACGUGGGUAAGGUGGAGAGGUUCGUGUUGGAGCAGGUGAGGAGGAUCUUUGAGGAGGAGUUUGUUUAUCCUAGCUUUUGGACGUUCUUGGUGUAG